AUGAUUAUUACUGGUCGUUAUAACGGUUAUUCACAAGCACUUGACUUAGAUAAGAUUACUAGAAUAUAUGUCGACAAAGGUUAUGUCGAUAAUGAUUAUGUUGUCGUAAAUGGACUUGGUGAUGCAGCUGAACGACUAUUUGGUGCAUGGGAAAUUAACGGCAAAGAACUAGAUAUUGGUGAUGUGACAGAUCGCACAGUAUUCAUGGAAAGGUUAAAUAUGUCUAAAGAAGAACUUACUUUGGUUGAACUGUUUGACAAGCAUGAAAAGGAUUCUAUUCCUGGAACUGCAUAUUUUCAAGCAUUGAUUGACUUUGCUGAAAUUUGUUUCAAUACGCCGAAAGCUGAAGGUAAAGAAGUUACAAUUGCUGAUAUUCAUUCUUAUAUUCGUGCAGCAUAUCGUGUCGGCUUUGAACGUGGUUAUAAGGCCGGACGUGAAUAUGAACAGGAAUUAAAGAAGUUAGAUAAGGAAUAG